AUGGCAAUGGCGUCGCCGCAUACAGAACCCACCUAUACCGUCUUCAUCCGACUCCCAUUCCCGCGGGGCGAUUUCGCAGAUCCUCCUCCCGUCAACUGGGAUUCCUCAAAAGAUGAAGCCCUCUGGGACAUCGUGUCGGGUGUCUCCAAGACAGAUCUAGACUGGAACGAGAUCGCGACCCGGUUCGAAGUCACCGUCGAUUUUCUCCUACAGCAGGUCGCCUUCCUCACCGAGCGACAUACCUCACAAGUGCGCGCCCAGCUGCGGAAGGCCGCCGCCGCUGCCAAGAGUUCCCCUGCGCCGUCUCCCAUACCUGGCGCAGAAGGUGCUGUCGCCGGAGAAGGCAUUCAGCGCACGGGUUCCGCAGCCAGUCGAGCCAGGGCCCCAUCGGCCUUGUCUGUGAGGAAAGACUCUCCCCUGCCCCGGAACGAUGGCAGCGUGCCCGGGACGCCGAUGAGAAGCACACCGCGACCGCAAUCCACACGCAAUUCAUCGUCCAACACGGCUUCUCUGUUCACAACCCGCAACCUAGGCGGCAGCAGCAGGGGGGCUACAAGAUCUGGCGAUACUCAAAGACGGAGGCUCUCCUCAUUGCCCAUCACCACGACAGCUGAUGAGGUCGAGCCUGAUCCUCCGUCUCCCGGUCCUGCUGAUACGAGUUCGGCUGGUUCAUCGUCCGAGGAAUCCAGCCCAGCCCAGUCGCGCAUCAUUCGCCGGCCUCCGCGCUUCCAGGCCCACGAUACUGCCUCACCCUUUGGUGAGGACGAUGAAGACGACGAGCCCGCGUUCCUGCCUUAUAGACCACAAAAUGAGGGCUCAACAAGUGGCCAGCACGACCUGAGCGCUACCUUGCGAGGUAACCCCCGAGACCCUCCAAGGAAGAUACCGAAACAACACGGCAAGAUACAUCUAUCACAGACCUCCGACUCAUCCACGAGCUCGGCGGCGCCUGCGAAGAGAGGGACCUCGGGAGGGAAAAACGCACCAAGCGGUCCGCUCUCGCCCCGCCGCACAAUGGAGCUCGCAGGCCGAAGCCCUAGAGGCAAGGGCAAGGGUUAUUCACGGGACAGUGACGGCACCCCGAGUAUGGGAAGCAGUUUCAGUGAUCUGGAUGGUAUGUUCUCCCUUGCUGAAAGGCAACGCUAG